AUGCCACCACCGCCAUCACACACUGAAAACGAGGAAGGGGAGUUCCCUGUCGAGGAACCCAUCGCAAUGGACCCCCUCAUCUCGUUGCUGCACCUGCGCCACACGUACACCUCGCAGUACGUCGACGCUGCAACGCGCGAGGAGGCGAAGGCGGCAAUGCUGAAAGAGGCGUACGACCACAACAUGGCGCCUUUCCUCCGUUUCGUCAAUGAGCUGUUUGUGUGGCCGCUAGACGAGGCCAGGAUGAAGGAGAUGGACGCCGCCAACGCAAGGAAGUUGGAGGAGCUUGACGCACGUAUUAAGGACGCGCGGGAGAACCGCGGCGACGUGGAGGUGCGCGAGGGUCUGCUCGCAAAAUGUGCCCACUUCGCCCGCAUCGGUGACCUGCAGGAGUGCCUCAAGUUCAACAUGGAGUGCUCCGGCAAGACGCUGGCGGCUGGGCCAAAGCUGGACCUCUGCCUGCAGCGCAUCCUCCUCGGCAUCGCAUUCUCCGAUAACGAGAUCGCCGCCAACGGCAUACGUGACGCGCACCGGCUGAUGAAGGAGGGUGACUGGGAGCGGCGCAACCGACUCAAGGUGUACGAGGGCAUCUACCACGUCUUCAUACGCGACUUCAAGAAGGGCUCGGAGUUGCUGUUGGACUCCAUCUCGACCUUCGCCGCAGGGGAACUGAUGGACUUUAACGAGUUCAUCCUCAUCACGGUUGUCGCGAGCCUGACGGUGCUGAGCCGCUCCGAGUUGAAGAAGCAGAUCGUCGAUAGCCCAGAGGUGCGCAGUGCCAACAUCAAGGACGUCUUCCACCUCGUCACUGCCAUUCACAACUGCCGAUACAGGGAGGUGUUCCCCGCACUUGACACGGUGUGCCAGCAGCUUCGAGGCAUUGUGUACCUCUCCCAGCAUGUGAACUAUUUUUUCCGCGAGGUGCGCGUGCUCGUAUUCACGCAGUUCCUUGACUCGUAUAGCAGCGUCACGCUGAACUCUAUGAGCGCGGCUUUCAACAUUCCGCCGCCGGUGCUGGAUAACAUGCUGGGAACCUUCAUUUCGAAUGAGCGCAUCGCAUGUAAAAUGGACCGUGUGUCAGAUAGCAUCACCACUUACCGUGGAGACACCACCAACUUUGACUACCACCGCAUCGUCAAGAAUGGCGACCUGCUUCUGAACCGUAUUCAGAAGCUUUCUCGUUUGGCUGAGAUGUGA